UAAUGAUAAAAAAAACCAAUUAUUCCAUGUCGUUACACGAGAAAUAACAAACAUUAUUGGUCAAUUGAAUUUAUCACGUGAUCCUUUAAGCUGUAGUAGAUAAAAGAUAAUAAAGUAGGUCGUGAAUCGUGCAUUUACGUAAAAGGUGGUUUUAUAAGUAUCAACGAAAUUUUCGUAAUUUGGACAUCGCACGAGUCAUUGAUUACGUUAUAAAAUCUACAUUCAACUAGUGUCAUAAAAAAUCUGUACUAUUCUAUCAACAAAUCGACAAAUGACAAAAUAAUAUGGCGGAAACAACGCAUUUGAACGGACUAGAAUCAUGCUUUCAAAGGGGAGAUCAUACUUUAAAAGUACCUAUGUCCCUUUUUCAAAACAAUCGGAAAAGAUUAGUCACGCGUAUUAAGUCAAAUACAAAAGUGCCAACUACAGGUACUUUUAUUAUUCUCGAGGGAGGAGUUGAAAUUCCAUUUAACGACACAGAUAUAUGUUGGCCAUUCAGACAGGAGUCAUUUUUUCAAUGGUGUUUCGGUGUUGAAGAACCAGGAUGUUACGGUGCUCUUGAUUUAGCAACAGAAACAUCCAUCUUGUUUGUGCCACGAUUACCGCCAGAAUAUGCAAUUUGGGAAGGAAAAUUGCAUAGUUUGGAAGAUUUUAGAAAACGAUAUGUAGUAGAUGAAACUUAUUAUACCGAUGAAAUAGCCAAAGUUCUAAAAUCAAAACAAGCGGAACUCCUUCUUAUUUUAAUGCUUGUAUGCUCUAUGCAGAUGAUACUAGCUGGUCAUAUAUGGGCAAAAUUUCUAAUGCGUAUGCAACCUUCUAUUUUAAUCACUAAAUUUAUUAAUCGAUGCUAUGAAUCCAAUUCUGAAAAAUAUGCUGGACAACAAAAUCUAACACAAACUAGCAUUUUUGUAGAAGAAGGAUUAGAAAUACAGGAAGUACCUUUAAUUGUCAGAAAGAUUAAAGAUAUUGAAACAAUAUGUAAAAAUGUAGAUCGAAAUAGCAUUUCUAUUAUCAAUAAUUGUUAUAAUGCUCCUGAUAUAUCUAAGAAGAAUGUUCCACUUGAUGCUAAAAAUAAUACCAAUUCCAAAAGUAAUACUAAUGCGAAGAAGAAAUUAUUAAAUCAAAGAAUAGACAUUGAAACAGAUGAAGGAACUGCAAUAUUAUUCUGUUCGGAUCUUGACUGUUUCAAAGAUUUGGACAUUGAUGAGACAUUGCAAGGAUUGAAACUGUUUAAUGCCACCAAUAACGUCUAUCCUAUUCUAGAGAACCAGAUCUCGCAAGAAAUCAAUUGUAGAGUAGCUUUGGAAGGGUUAAAAAAGGUUAUAGAUUUAGAGAAUAGUUGGUUUAAACAGAAGUCUAAUAAAAUGCAAAAAACUAAGCAAUUUGAUGUUGACGAUACUACUAGAGAUAUGAUAAUGAAACAAUUGAUUAAAUUAAUUAUUAAUAGUAAUAAUGCUGAAAUGAUAAUUCAGGGGCUUAUAGCUCUGAAAAAGGAUAAAGUCAGUCCGUCUAGAAAUAUAUAUAGAGAUUUGAUGUGUGAUGAAGCCUUAAGUCGAGCAACAGAUGGAGAAUUUUCACCUGCUCAACUAAGCAAAAAUAUGGUGAAACUUAUUUUAGAAAGAAAACUUUCUGAUUAUUGGUUGAAAUUAUCAGGUACACAAAUUGCAGAAAUAUUAGAUUCUUUUCAUGAUGAUAUUUCUGCAAUGAAAUGUUUAAUGAGUGCCAGUAAAUGGGCAAGUAUAAGCAUAAAUGCAUCUAGUGAAAAAGAUCUAAUAAAUUUUAUACGCAGUUUACAUAUAAAAGAUUACAUUGAUGAUAGAAUAGAAAGUACUUUACAAAAUUAUUUGAAAUCUAAAGCAUUACAAAUUGAUGAUUCAAAAUUAAUAGCUACAAUUAUGAAUUAUUGUAAGGAUUUGCAGAUUAGAAAUGAAAGCAUUCUAUCAGAGUGUGGAAAAUAUUUUAUGAAACAUGCUAUGAAUUUAUCAACUUCUUUGUUGCCUUCUAUUUUUACACCAUUUGGAUUAUUAUAUGUACAACCUCCAAAUAGUGCAGAAUUUUGGAAAAUAUUUGACGACGUAUUAUCAGUAAAAUUUCAUGAUUUGAAGUUGGACGAUGCUCUAGAUAUUCUUCUUUCCUGUACUUACUUGGAAAAAUAUCCCGUCAAAUUUUUUGAUAAAAUAUUUAUCUCACAAUUAUUGCAUAAAAUUCAUUUGAAAAAUCAUUCUGUGUUUUCUAAUCGCAUAAAAAAUAAAUUGAAAUUACUAGAUGCCACAAUGUUUUUAGAGUCCAAAGAAUAUCAAUCUUUAUAUUUUCCUUUGAGAAGAGUAGAGAAACCUUUAUUUUUAGAUGUUCGAAUUAGAAGGGCAGUGAACAUGAUAUACCAACCAUUAGCAUCUUUAAUAGGGGGAGAACAAAAAUUGAGUAAACAUGUGAUAUUGAACAGAUUACCACCUAUAAAUUUUUAUAUUCUUGAUGUUCUUAUACAUCCGCAUAUGAUAUCAACAUCAGUAUUUCAUUUAAAUUUGGAUCAAGAAAAAAAUGUUAAUACUGCAGUUUUUAUUUAUUUACCAGAAUAUUACUGCAGAAAUACGCAUCAUUUAGUAGGACCUCAAAUAAUGAAAAAAAGGCAGAUUAAGAAAUUAGGUUUCAAAGUUAUGACAUUAGAUUAUGUAACAAUACAAGAACUCUGGAAUCAAUCUAAUAAAUUAUCGUCUUAUUUACUGAAAAGUUUACAUUCCACAGAAAAUUCUUUAUAA